CGAAAAAGAGAAACGACCGAGAUAACGACAGCAUCAACAAAUAAGAUUAACCGUCGCGGAAAGUUGUGGCAGAAUAACUAUUUGCUGACUAAAGAACUGUCAAGCCGGGGAAUAUUGUUCCGGGAUGUUCAUUCGCCUCCAGAUAUUUCAUGUUCCAUCGUAGGAGUGAGUUGCUUCUUCAUUUGUUCGAGCAGUGAUUGAGGAGGAAUUCGACGGUCAUUUCAGGUCUCUAUGAAAUUAGCAUUCUCACAAAACGGACUAAAUAGACAACAAUACGAACAAUAGCCAUCAUAAUCAUAGUUCAAUACCUGUUGUGGUCGUUCGUGUAUUUCGUCGAAUAAUCUCAAGUAAUCGUAAUUUGAAACAUCAUCAGGCAACCAUUAUGGGCAUCCCGAUUCCCGAAGUUACAACCCAAUUUCAGGCAGAAGCAUUACCGGACAACAUUGAUGCGGAUAAAUUUGAGCAAAUACGCGACGGGUGGACCCCACUACACGUGGCGGCGAAGAAUGGUCGUGUCAACGCCAUGGCGCAGCUAAUUGCUCAAAACUGUAAAGUCAAUGCGCCCUCGGAAUGCCAAGAUACAGCUCUCCAUGUGGCAGCUCAAAAUGGCCACAAAGAGGCAGUUGUAGUACUGCUGGCGAAUGGCGCUAGAAUUAAUUCCAGGAACGACCGAGAUUGGACCCCUCUUCACUUCGCUGCUGAAAAUGGCCACAUUGAAGUGGUGAAGCAACUGAUUGGCUAUAAAGCCAACUUGAAUGCAGUUACUUUAGAGCGGUUGACUCCGCUUCAUAUGGCGGCUCGAAAUGGUCACGUGGAAGUAGUCGAACAUUUGGCGACAUUACUUGGAGCAGUCGAUAACAUAGACGGUGACGGAUGGACUCCGCUUCAUUUUGCCACUGAAUUUGGUCAUAUCGACACAGUUAAAAUACUACUGAAAAUGGUUGCCAAGGUAGAUCCCGUUUCUAAGGCAGGACUAUCGCCUCUUCAUAUAGCAGCCAAAAAGGGACAUGCAGGAAUAGUUGACAAACUUAUUUCACACCAUGCAACAGUUAAUUUGCUUGAUACUAAGGGACGAACUCCGUUAUAUUUUGCAGCGGAGAAUAAUAGGCUAAACAUUGUGAAGAAGUUGACUGACAACAAAGCUAAAAUAAAUAAUGCGACGAAAGAUGGAUUGACAUCGAUUCACGUCGCUGCAGAAUACGGUCACUUGGAAAUCGUGGAGUUUCUUAUCUCGAGACAAGCGAACAUGAACUGCAAAACAUUACUCGGAUGGACUCCACUCCAUUUCGCGGCCAAAUCUGGAAAUCUCGAUAUUGUUAAAGAACUUGUUGCCAACAAUGCGGAUGUUAAUUCACUCACACAUAAAAAUCAAACCGCUUGUCAUAUCGCUGCCGAGUAUGGAAAUGUGAACGUUUUGAAGUAUUUGAUUUCGAAAAGUGUGCCAAUAAAUAUGGAAGAUGGUAAAAAAUUUACAUUAUUGCAUUAUGCAGCCAUAAAUGGGCACAAUAAUAUUGUCGAGUGCCUCAUACAAAAUAAUGCCAAUGUUAACUGUCAAAAUAUUGAUGGCUGGACUCCACUUCAUUUCGCAAUGCAAAAUAACCACUCGAAAGUUGUCGAGUUUCUAAUUGCAAGCAAAGCUGAGAUUAACGCAAUUUCGAAUAAAAUGGUGACUCCACUUCACAUCGCAGCGGGAAAUGGAAGCGUGGAAAUGAUAAAAAUUCUAGUGACAAAUGGGGCCCGGGUCAAUUGUAAAACUAAUCUUCUAUGGACACCGGCACACUACGCAGCAACAUGUGGACAUUUAGACGGGCUCAAAGAAUUGAUUGCUAACGGAGUCGAUCUGAAAUUAUGUACCACAAAAGGGCAGACACCAUUGCACAAGGCGAUCGCCAACUGUCGUACAGAAAUUGUGCAAUAUUUAAUUACAUUUCCAGAUCUUAUAGAUCGUGAAGAUAUCAAAGGUUGGACUCCGCUUCAUUUGGCGGCGAGAUAUGGUAAUAAGGUAAUAUUAGAAGAAUUGAUUGUCGGUGGGGCAAAGAGAAAUUCGAUUAGAAAAACAGGAAUGACACUUCUCCAUCUUGCCGCAGAAAAUGGUCAAUCCGAAUCAGUCAAAUAUUUGAUGGAGGAAUGCGUAAUGGGGUAUUUCAGAAAUGGUGAGGGAUGGACGCCGAUGCACUUGGCUGUAAAGAACGGUCAUGUGAACGUUGUUCGACAAUUAAUCGACAAUAGAAUAAAGUUGGAAGAGAGAACAAGCGACGGAGACACUCCUCUGCACAUUGCAGCCAAAUUCGGAAAAGUGGAAAUAGUUGAACUAAUCGCGCCUUUUGCGCACGUCGAUAGCACAAACUUUUACAACGAAUCUCCAUUGCUCAUCGCAGUCAAACAUAACCAUUUAUACACCGCUAUGGAACUAGCAGCAAGGUCUGUAGACAUGAAUGCUGGUUUAGAACAGAGUCAAACUCUUUUGCAUUUUGCUGCGCAAAACGGAUCUACAGACAUUGUAAAAUGGUUGAUUUCUGCAGGUGAAAAUCAUUGUUUAAGUUAUGAAAGUUGGACCCCACUGGAGUAUGCAAUCUACUACAACCACAUAGAUAUCGUGAAGGAACUGCUCGCCGUCGGUUCAAACUUGGAUUUUAAAGAUCUUGCACAUUUUGCUAAAAGCAAUCGAAAAAAUGAAAUAGCUGAUUAUAUAAGCAAAGUAUCAGUGACACUUAAAAAAUAAAAAACUCAUGUUUGUGCUGGUAAUU